AUGCUGUGUUUCCUUUCCCUGCUGAAUACUGUGGAGGAAGAGGGGAGGGAGAAACGCCAAGGGUGUGAAGUGUAUCUCCAGAGACCAAAGUACAAACACUACUGCAUCAUCAUUAUCAGCUUCUACAACAAAUACAGCUAUAGUGUAUCAUCAUCUAUAACUUCUGCAACAAAUACACCUGUAUCAACACCAAACCCAACAUCAUUACCAGAUGCCGUUGGGAAAUCAACAACUGGAACAUUUCCUAAAGGAACUCCAGUCGAAGGUACCACGAAGACUGCGUCCUUCACUAUAAAUGCAACAGUGACAAGUAUUUCACUUUCAGAUGCUGUUUUAACAUUGCAAAGUUCCCCAUUCCAGACUGAGAUUCAGAGUUCAAUCACAGCAACAGAAACACCAGUUACCACUCCACUACCAGAAUCAUCACCUUCCGAAACCAGUACAUUAUCCUCAAUAUCAGCAAUAACAACUUCAGAAAACACCUUACAUUUUCAAGGCAUUGAGAAUGGAAGAAAUGCAAGCUCUUCAACCAGCCCCUCUUAUUCUAGUAUUAUUUUGCCUGUGGUUAUUGCUUUGAUUGUGAUAACACUUUCAGUCUUUGUUCUGGUGGGUUUGUAUCGAAUGUGCUGGAAGAAAGACCCAGGCACGCCGGAAAAUGGAAAUGACCAACCUCAGUCCGAUAAAGAGAGUGUGAAGCUUCUCACAGUUAAGACAAUUUCUCAUGAGUCUGGUGAGCACUCUGCACAAGGGAAAACUAAGAACUGACAGCUUGAUGAAUCCUCUCCACACCUGGGCAAUAAAUAUGCUUAAUCUUCAGCUUCUAUGCUCCACGAGUAGCAAGGGAGAAAGCCUUGUGGAAUCAAUCCUGACUUCCAAUCCUGCUUGCCUGUCUGCACCAGCCAGUCACCUGGUCCCAACAGAGGAUUUCCAGAUGACAUGUAAUCAUCUGAUAGAGUUAAAGAUAAUCCUGGGCCUCUCCUGUCCUUUGAGACGGAAAAAGCACAUUACCACAUUUAUAGGAACAUUCCUAGGAGAGUGAAUUUUAAGCGGGGUGUCUGCGAGCAGUCGACAGACCAGGUUGACCAGACCAGGCAGGUGGCUCCACUGAUGAAAUGAUUGUCCCGUGAGUUUAAAGUUUCCAGAACCAACAGAUUUCACCCACAGAGACAUUCCUACUUUCUGGGUGUUCUUCUAUUACCUAAUGUUUGUAUUUAUUGUUUUCCACUAUGUUAAUGCAGGGAAAAUUUGCAAGUGUAUUAUUAAAUACUGGGUCGAAAUCCUGCCAGGCCACUUUGUACAUAAAGAUAUUUUAUUCAUACUUUUAUGUGUUACUUUUAAUAAAUAAUUACUGUACUCAACACACUAAAAAUAUCAUAAUGUGACUAUGAAAAUGGCAGGUGUAUUGUCUUCCCAUAAUUGUGAAUAUUUUUGGAUUGAUUAUUAGAAUAUGAGAACUCAGUAAUGAAGGACAUCUAAGAAAGAGACAAAAGAUGCAAGUAUAGACCCUGUUCAAGAGAAGUCAACUUACCCUUUCUCUGGUCUUCCUAUUUGUAAUUCACAGUGUAUAACAAGGAUAUAAGGGCAUUUAUGACAGUCUGAACAGGACUGAGAUGUUUUUCGUACUCCAUUUGAUUGAUACUAUCUCUGUGCAUUUUUUAUUUCUUUUAGAAAUAUACUGAUUUGUUCUAGCAAUCAUUGUUAAAUCUUCAGAUUGUAGAAACCAACAUUUCAUAAAUACAUACUUCUGAUAUUAUUUUUCAGAGUAUCACUUUCCUAAAAACACCAUCUGAUUAUAGCUGCCACUCCAUCAGGGACAAAUUCUUCUGUUGAAAGCUGAUUGAUCAACCUUGACCACUCCUUGGACACAUGGGAUCAAAAUGUCAUGUUGGUUCAAGUUCUGUGGAAAGCUUUGGCACUAACAAGCUGCCAGGGGAAGCUCUUUAAUUUUUAUGACUACUAAGCUGAUUUUGAUGCUGAAUUACCUUAGUGAUAUGAAGGCAGUGCAGUGGAGACAGAAGGGUAUAGUUAAAACUACCUUCAGUUUAUUUUGUUGCAAUGUAUUUUAAAAUGGUAAGCAUUAAGGACUAUGUAAAUAAUCAUUUUGGUUUUUCACUCCCUGAUGUCUGGAUUAUUUCUCAUCAAGGAUACCAAGCAAGGAUACUUAUGUUUCUGACAGGUGCCUCUUUCUGUUUCUUUGAGAAGAAAGAUGGGGAUGAGGAAAAGAAAAAGAAAAGCAGUAGGAUAGAGGAAAAAGACAAGGGUCUCUAAUACAUACACUUUCCCCUGAGGGAUGUUUUGCCCAUGCUUAUGUUUACCCUAAAAGUCUUUACAUGGAUGCAACAGUGGCUAGAGCAUGCCAAUCAUGGAGCAUUUGUCUUCAAAAUAAAAAUAUGUCAACA